AGUAGGUUCAACUCAUGGCUGAAGCAUCAUCAACAACAACCACAAAAAAGGUUAGUUCUUCUCACAUUCCAUACGAACUGGCUUUAUGUAUUCUCGCCAAAUUACCUCUUAAAUCCCUAAAACGAUUCACAUGUGUUCAAAAAUCAUGGUCUCUUUUAUUUCAAAGCUCUCAUUUCAUCAACAUGUUCAGCAUCAAUUGCAUGUCUAAACAAGAUGAAGAUUACGAAAACACUUGCCUCCUCUUAUUCGGACACACAGGCCCCCCUGAGAAUCGGUGUGCCAUGUAUUCGCUUUCCAGUGAUAAUUUUGAGGAUAGGGUUAGAAUAGAUUGGCCACCUCCUUUUCAAGGUAAUGACUACCGAUGUAUUGAACCUUUAGGUUCUUGUAGUGUUAAUGGCAUUAUUUGUAUCUAUGAAGGCGAUGAGAAUGACAAUAAUACAACAACUGUUUUGUGGAACCCUGCCACCGGAGAAUUCAAAAUCAUUCCUCCUAGUAUUCACUACAACAUUGAGUUUAACUUUUGUCCCGAUGCAUUUGGUUACGACUCUAUUACAGAUGACUAUAAAGUGCUUCGGAAUGCUUUGAUCGAUGAGAAUGACUUAUUUAUGGAGGAUCCGCAAGUAGAAGAGAUGUGUGACACUUUUUGGGAGAUAUAUAGUCUCAAAAGUAAUUCUUGGAGAAAACUGGAUGGAAUCAAUUUGCCUCCUCCUGGUCCAUGUAUUUCUCUGGUGAAUUUAAAUGAAUUGUGCCAUUGGUUGGUGUCCGAACUCAAAAAUCACAUGUUGUCAUUUGAUUUUAGCACCGAGAAAUUCUUAGCAACAACCUUACCGCUAGAUUCAGAUGAGAAAAAAGAAUGUAUCCUACAAAAGUUGAUCGUAUUAAAUGGGUCUGUUGCUUUCAUGUGUAGUAAUUAUUAUGAUAGGAAUUGUUUUCACAUAUGGAUUUUGGGUGAACUUGGUGUAAAGGAAUCAUGGACUAAACUCUUCAUUGUCGGACCCUUACCUUGUUUUAAGUCGAUUCCUAUUGGUGCGGGGAAGAAGAACAAUAUAUAUUUUGCACAAGAAUAUAAUAAGCUAUCACAAUUUAAUUUAAGUACCCAAAAAUGUGAGGAACUUAGGAUAAGUAUAGGUUAUAUUGUAAUGUAUAAGAAAGUCCUUGUUUCUAUACCCCACUUAGUGGGAUAAGACUUUAUUGUUGUUGUUGUCAUUCUUUCAGUCAGUGGGAUAAGACUUUAUUGUUGUUGUUGUCCUUCUUUCGAUUGAAAGAAUGAAUAAUUAAUCGUUGUUGUUGUUGUAAUGUAAU